ACACCACCUGUAACACCUCCAGUAUGUUACUUCUCUACGGUCUGUCGGUCUACCAUGACGCGAAGCGCGCUCAACUGCUGCACAACAUCCGGAAGAUCUGCGUACGCGUUGAGACAGUCGACGCCGUCUACGUACAUGUGGUCAAGGGGGUAUCCGACGAGGCAGAACGUGUACUGGAGAAUGUGGUUUCACCACAACAUAAGGUGCUGCAGGAGCUGUUGAUGUAUGGGGACGACGUUACCCUUCCGGGAACGGAGAAGAGUUUCGCAAACCCGACUGAAGAAGGGGUCAUAUAUGCACUUCCACGACCGGGAACCAUCUCCCCUUGGUCGAGCAAAGCAACCGAUAUUGCGCGUAUGUGCCAACUCAGCGAUCAUGUUCAGCGUAUCGAGCGUGGAACGGCAUUUGUCUUCACCACUCCCGACGGCAAGAACCUGACCAAGGACGAAUUGCACACGAUCGCACACUUCCUCCAUGAUCGGAUGACGCAAAUCUUAUAUGAUCGGCCACCUACGGAGAAGGACUGUUUUGUCCACAGUGAGCCUGGCCAGCUUCGCACAAUCGACUUGAAAGCCGCCGAUCACAUCUCGUACGACGCAGCCCGCACUCGGCUCGAGGAGGCUAACAAGAAGCUUGGUCUUGCCCUUGCUCCGGACGAGAUUGACUACCUCGUCAAGGCGUUCGUCUCUGGGCCAACCCCGAUUGGGCGCAAUCCCACCGAUGUUGAGCUGUUCAUGUUUGCCCAGGUCAACUCGGAGCACUGCAGGCACAAGAUCUUUAAUGCAGAUUGGACGAUCGAUGGAGAGAAGAGGGAGCGAAGUCUCUUCCAAAUGAUUAGAAACACGGAGCGCGUGAGCCCACAGUACACGAUCUCGGCCUACUCGGACAACGCUGCUGUCUUGGAGGGAUAUCCGGCGCCACGCUUUGCCUCGUCUGCUGAGACCGGGAACAUCUACGAUUUCAUCGUAGAAGAUAUGCCCAUGCUCGCCAAAGUGGAAACACACAAUCACCCCACUGCUGUCUCUCCUUAUCCUGGUGCUGCGACAGGCUCAGGCGGUGAGAUCCGCGAUGAAGGCGCAGUUGGGACAGGUUCCAAACCGAAAGCCGGUCUCGCCGGCUUCACUACCUCGAACCUCAUGAUCCCCGAUUUCGUACAACCAUGGGAGGAAUCUUUCGGUCGCCCAGCCCAUAUCGCCUCAGCCUUGGAUACCAUGCUCGAAGCCCCGCUCGGAGCAAGCGCAUUCAACAACGAGUUCGGGCGUCCGGCGAUCGGAGGAUACUUCCGCACCUUCUGCGAGUCCGUACCCGUACCCUUGCCGUCUUCCUUAGCAGGCAAAGAGCAUAAGAUGAAGAACGAGGUUAGGGGAUAUCAUAAACCUAUCAUGAUCGCCGGUGGUCUGGGAAAUGUCCGCCUGAAGGACGCCAAGAAGCAUGGGUUUGGCGCCGGCGCGAAGCUCAUCGUCAUGGGUGGUCCUGGGAUGCUCAUUGGACUAGGUGGCGGAGCGGCUUCUUCUAUGGCUGCGGGCACCAGUUCGGUAGAGCUCGACUUCGCUUCGGUGCAGCGAGAGAAUCCGGAAAUGCAGCGGAGGUGCCAACAGGUCAUCGACGCGUGUAUCAGCUUGGGCCAGCAUAAUCCCAUUCGGGCGAUUCACGAUGUUGGUGCCGGUGGCCUUUCGAACGCUCUUCCCGAACUGGUGCACGAUUCUGGGCUUGGUGCAAGAUUCGAAAUCCGAGAUGUGCUGGUGGACGACACGGGUAUGUCUCCGAUGGAGAUCUGGUGCAACGAGUCACAGGAACGAUAUGUUUUGGCUGUGGAUCCACCCGAUCUGCCAUUAUUUGAGCAGAUUGCAAAGAGAGAACGUUGUCCAUAUUCCGUGGUCGGCACGGCAACGUCUGAACAACAGCUGAUCCUUACCGAUCGCCUUCUUGGAGGCGAUCCCAUCCACCUCACGAUGCCGACACUCUUCGGUAAACCGCCGAAGCUCUCUAAGAAGGACGUUACCUCUGAAACACUGCGCAUACCGUUCGACUCAAGUCUGCAGCUUUACCUUCCUUUCUGCCGAACGGGAGAGUCACAAUACGAGAUACCCAUCGAAGCCGUACAGAGGGUCUUUCGCCUUCCUUCCGUGGGGUCAAAAUCCUUCCUUAUUACCAUCGGCGAUCGUACGGUGUCGGGUCUUGUCACGCGCGAUCAGAUGGUUGGGCCAUGGCAAGUCCCAGUGGCAGAUGUGGCCGUCACAAAGACAUCUUAUGGUUUCGAUGUCAUUACCGGUGAAGCAAUGGCGAUGGGGGAGCGAACACCUCUGGCACUUCUUAGUGCAGGUGCCUCCGCACGUAUGGCUGUUGCAGAAUCCCUGACAAACAUCGUUGCGGCUGGGAUUGAAGACAUCUCGCGCGUCAAGCUCAGUGCCAAUUGGAUGUGUGCCUCCUCCAAGCCCGGUGAGGGUGCGGGACUAUAUGAAGCUGUCCAAGCAAUCGGAAUGGAGUUAUGCCCUGCUCUUGGCGUUGGCAUUCCUGUGGGCAAGGAUUCAAUGUCUAUGGCAAUGAGAUGGAAAGGACCCGAAGGCGAGGACAGGGAGGUAGUUGCGCCGCUUUCCCUCAUCGUGACCGCUUUUGCCCCUGUCCACGACGUUCGCGUUACGUGGACGCCGCAACUCCACACCGAUACGUCUCUCCCCACUGUGCUCCUUUUUGUCGAUCUCGCGAAUGGCAAACAGCGUCUGGGAGCUUCCGCAUUGGCUCAGGUCUUCCGAGAAAUUGGCUCCGAAGCACCUGAUGUCGAGGAUCCUGCGUCGCUCAAAGGUUUCUUUAACGCAUGUCAGUCGCUGAAGACGGAUCACCCAGGUCUGGUGCUCGCAUACCACGAUCGAUCGGAUGGUGGCUUGAUAACCACCGUAGCUGAGAUGGCGUUUGCAGGGCGUACCGGAGUUACACUCAACCUCGAUGUUCUCGGCGCGGAUGUGGAUCCGAUAGCAGCCCUUUUCAACGAAGAGCUUGGGGCUGUCUUCCAGGUGGCACAGCAAAAUUUGUCAAUAGUUACGAGCGCAUUCCUGCGGCAUGGCGUUCCAACCCGCAACCUGCAUGCUAUCGGCAGCGUAAACGCGGACCUGUAUGAUCAGACAAUCACUGUGGCUCAUCGCGGACAGGCCAUUCUGUCAAUGUCACGCGCAGAGCUGCAGAUGCUUUGGUCAGAAACAUCAUACCAAAUGCAGGCGCUUAGAGACAACCCCGAAACGGCAAAAGAAGAGUUCGAGAAUAUCUCUGAGGAUCGACGAGGACUCUUUUUUGAAGUCAAUUUCCAUGCACAACCUAUCAUACCUGCCAGUUUAUCCGUUCGUCCUAGGGUAGCAAUUCUACGCGAACAAGGAGUCAACGGACACAUGGAGAUGGCAUGGUCGUUUACUGCCGCCGGUUUCGCCGCUGUGGAUGUGCACAUGUCGGAUAUCCUCUCCGGCACAGUAAGCCUAUCGGACUUCCGCGGUAUCGCAGCAUGUGGCGGCUUUUCGUAUGGUGACGUCCUUAGCGCCGGGAAUGGGUGGGCGAAGUCGAUACUCCUCAACGAGACCACUCGGAAGGAGUUCUCCGAUUUCUUCCAACGGAAAGACACUUUCGCGCUGGGUGUGUGCAAUGGGUGCCAGCUAUUCAGCCACCUCAAGGAGAUCAUUCCGGGUGCGGGGCCGUGGCCUUUGUUCAAGCACAACAAGAGCGGGAGGUUCGAGGCGCGGGUGACGAUGGUCGAGGUUGUUCCUGGGCAAGUGUCUUCGAAGUCGGUUUUCUUGCGCGACAUGCAAGGAUGGAAGCUCCCUGUCGCAGUUGCCCAUGGCGAAGGACGAGCAUCGUUUGCUGGGCCCGAAGAUAUAGCAUCGGUCAUAAGUGCUGGGCAGCUUGCUGUCCGCUACAUUGACGAUGCUGGCGCACCAACCGAACGAUACCCGCUGAAUCCGAACGGUAGCCCUCGUGGUAUCGGUGGUUUAGUCACACCUGCUGGACGAGUGCUAGCCAUGAUGCCGCAUCCGGAGAGGGUUACUUCAAGGGAUGCCAACAGUUGGCACCCUGCCAAUACAGAAGAUUGGAAAGGCCAGGGACCGUGGUUCCAGCUUUUCAGGAGCGCGAGAAUCUGGUGUUCAUAAAGCGUGGCUCGGGAAAUGACGUGUAUUGUUAUGGCGAGUCCCAACAGACUGUGGUAUUGCUAGAAACAAAGAACCCAAAAAUAAUAGUAGUGUAGAGUUGAACAAGCG